UUUUGAUCGUCAUUGUCAAUCGUCCAAUACUACACGUAAUCAUCCAUUUAACCUGACAUGUAUACAGCUAACUGAGUCAGUCAGUCAAUCACUAUAAGGUCCCACAUGCCAAGUCAACUCUCGCUUCCCCUAAUGGAAACUACAGCUUUCCCUCCUCUAUUUAAACUCAGCCCCACAAACUCUCACCAAUAUUCACAAAGAACUCUGCAAUCUUUGAGUUCUCUUGUGCAUCAGAUAACUUAAAAUGGGAGUUAUUGAAAACCCUAAAAGAGAGAUAUCGCCGAUGACCCACCAACGAGUACCCACUCCAUUCUCUUUCUCUAAAACCUCGAGUUCACUCUCUUCGUUCUCUUCUUCGUUUCCAGUACCUAAAAUUCCUUCCUCACCUCUCCACACCUUAUCUGAAGCCAUGAUGGAAGAGAACAUCAAAAACGCCGAGACCAUGAUCAUGAAAUGGGAUCCGAACUCUGCUUCAUACCAUAAAUUCGUUUAUCUUUUUCAAGAUAACCGGAAAGAAGCCAAAGCGUUCCUCAAAUGCGUCAAGGACCUGCGAAGGACCAUGCAUUUCUUGAUCUCAGAGGAUUCAGGUUCUGACAAGCUCUCACUCCCGCAAAGGUUGAUGCAAAUAGCCAUGAAACGCCUCGAGAAGGAGUUUUAUCAGCUCUUGACAGUCAAUCGCCAGUAUCUCGAACCUGAAUCAGUUUCUAGCCGAUCAUCACGCAUGUCAGGACAGUCACGAUCGAGCAACUCUGAUGAUGAAGCUGAUGUUGGAUCAGAUGAGGAGGUUCAGACAGCAAGUGAAUCGAUAUCUGAGGUUGAACGGCUCUCAGAGCUUGCCAUGUCUGAUCUUAAAUCAAUUGCUUAUUGUAUGAUCAGCUCUGGUUAUGGCAAAGAGUGUGUGAAGAUAUAUACAAUCAUUCGAAAGUCGAUUGUCGAUGAAGCACUGUACCGUCUUGGGAUUGAAAGGUACAGCUCUUCCAAAGUCAACAAGAUGAACUCAGACGUCCUGGAGAAGCACACCAAGAAUUGGCUGAAUGUGGUGAAGAUCGCCAUGAAAACACUCUUCCACGGCGAAAAGUUUCUCUGCGAUCAUGUGUUUUCUGCAUCCGAUUUGAUCAGAGAAUCCUGUUUCAGCCACAUAGUGAAAGAAGGAGCUAUCAAUUUAUUCAAGUUUCCAGAACUUGUAUCGAAGAGUAAAAGAUCACCAGAGAAACUUUUCAGGCUUAUAGACUUGUACGAUUCAAUCUCUGAUCUCUGGCUGGAGAUUGAAUCAGUCUUCUCAUUUGAAUCCAUCUCCAAAGUUAAAUUACAAGCUAACAACUCAUACCUUAAACUUGGUGAUGCGGUCAGAACAACUCUAUUGGAAUUUGAGUCAUCGAUCCAAAAGAACUCGUUGAAAACAGCGAUUCCAGGUGGCGGAAUUCAUCCGCUGACAGUAUCUGUGAUGAAUUACAUAUCUUUACUUGCCAAUUGUAGUGGGGUCCUCACUGACAUUAUCGCCGAUUCAACAUCGCUGACACAAUCACCGCUGCCGGAGUCGUAUUUCGACAGUCCAAAUUGUGAUGAGAAUCCGACAUCAUCCAUGUCCUUACGUCUCGCCUGGAUCAUACUUGUUCUUCUUUGCAAACUUGACAGCAAAGCCGAGCUCUACAAUGACAUAGCUUUGACAUAUCUCUUUCUCGCCAACAAUCUUCAAUUCAUUAUUGAGAAGGUCCGCACAACCAACCUCAAGUACCUGCUAGGCGAUUACUGGGUUUUAAAGCAUGAAAACAAGGUGAAGCUGUAUGCAGCAAAUUAUGAAACAAUGGCAUGGAGUAAGGUGUAUCAGUCCCUCCCAGAAAAUUUAACUACAGCAAUGUCACCGGAGACAGUGAAGAUGUGUUUUAUCCAAUUCAAUUCAGCUUUUGAUGAGGCAUAUCGGAAACAGACAUCAUGGGUUGUACCAGAGAGGAAGCUAAGGGAUGAGAUAAAAGUAUCAAUUGCAAAUAAGCUUGUGCCUGCAUAUACCGGGUUUUAUGAUACAUACUUGCUGACUUUGAGUGGGGAGAAGAGUAUUGAGGUGUUGGUGAGGUAUUCGCCAGAUAAUUUGGGGAAUUAUUUGUCAGAUUUGUUCCAUGGAACUUCCAUUUCAGGGAGUAGGAGUUCGUCGUCAUCAUUCUCGUCAUCACAUUCGCGUGUAUCACGAUGUAUUCCCUAGGUGUUACAAUACAAUAAGACACCAAGGUUUACAGUUUUCAUGGGCAGUACUUCAGCUAUGUUUCAAAUUUCAUAUCCAUAUACUCCUUUUCUUUUGGAGUUAAUUACAUCUCUUUCUGUAUAGAAGCCAGUGGGUUGUUAUGCAGGGAAAGAAAACACUAGUAAUUAUUUCAAACUGUUAUCUAUCAUCAACGUGGUUCAUUGUUUUUACUUAGCCUAGUUUUAAAUCUCGGAAAAUAAUUUAAAGGAGUA